AUGGCGAAAAACGGAGAUGAUUUGCAGGUGCAAUAUAAUUGUGUAUUAUGUGACAACUCCGACGAACAUGACGACAUGGUAGCUUGCGAUUCUUGCCAGAUGUGGCAUCACUACUCCUGUGUGAACGUAAGUGCCAGUGUUCGGGAUCGGGAAUGGUAUUGUCCCACUUGCGAACCUCUGUACACGGAUGGAAUAAAUGUGGUGGAGCAGAAUAAGAACAAUCCCAGUCAUUCUAAUCCAAUACCAUCCGACGGCGCCGUUCUUGACGUCCCGAAAAAGACGGCGGCGAAAUCUUCGGCCGGUACUAAGAACACCCGUAAGUCGAGGAAAGUGAUUGUCGAAAGCAUAACGUCUAGUGCACGGGCUCGCUUGGAACUAGAGUUAAACGUCGUCGACGAACAGCGACGUUUACGUGAAGAAGAGCUAGCAGAGGAGAAGAAAAUGAAAGAUCGUCAACGAAAAUUAGAGGAGGAAUUGCGGGAGCAGGAGCUGGCCGUCGAAGCGAGACGGAUCGCAGAGGCAAAAAGGGCAUUGGAGCAGAACAUGGCUGACGAACGAGAAUACCAAAAACAGCAGAUGGCUAUUCGGAAGCAAUCGGCGGACGAGAAAGCGAAGCUUAUUCGGCAGGCUUCUGAGUACAGUAGCAGUCACGGCAGUAGAGUCAACGUCGGUGUUGGUGUCACCGAUCCUGGGGAAAAAGUGAAAGACUGGCUGGAGCAAACAAACCAGCAGACAGAGGGAACAAAAAAGACUUCCACGUCAGCAGUUAGGCCCAGUUCAUGUCAGAAACAGGUAUUACCCGAUAAGUUCAAUACUAACAAAAACCCACCCGCAAGAAAGAUAAAUGAAGCUUUAGCAAUCUCGCCCCCUAACUGUACUGUCCCUCAACAAAAAGUUCAAUGCAAAUCUCUCGUUAGUCAGGGAAUUCAAAAAUUGCCUCUUCAACCAAACAAUCCUAAGAAACAAAUAAAUUUAAAUUGUCGCGAGCUGUCAAAACAGAUUUCUUCGUCGGGAGUGCAUAGUAGUGAUAAAGAACAUGGUGCAGCCUGUGAAGUUCAACAACCUGUCGCAGAGAAUAAAAACGAUCAGGAUCAACGGUCCCAGCAUCACAGUAAUGACAUUACGGAAGGCCCAACGAGUCGACAGCUAGCUACUAGACAAGUGAUGGGGAAGGAUCUUCCGAUAUUUUCCGGUAACCCGGAAGAAUGGCCUAUAUGGAUAAGCAACUUUCAACGUUCUACAACAACUUGUGGUUUUUCUGACGAUGAAAAUCUCAUCCGUCUUCAACGCUGCUUAAAGGGUCCAGCUCUUGAAGCAGUGCGCAGCCGGUUGCUUUGUCCAGCAGGGGUACUGCAUGUAAUCAAAGCUUUGCAAAUGCGGUAUGGACGUCCCGAAACACUUAUUCGUUCUAUGACUGAGCGAGUUCGACAAAUGCCACCACUGAAGGCCAACGAUCUGGAGAGCAUUAUAGAAUUCGGACUGGCAGUGGAUAAUUUAGUACAGCAUCUGGAAAAUGUGGGAUAUCAGGCUCACUUAUCUAACCCGUCUCUGUUACACGAUUUGGUGGGAAAAUUACCCGUUGACUAUCGCCUCAACUGGUCGGCAGUCAAAAGUGAAGAACCUAAUGCGGAUUUGGCUGCGUUCGGGCGGUUCAUGUCAAGUUUGGUUGAACUUGCAUACAAUGUAGCCGAUGAUUUACCAUCGGUGAAACCACAAAAAACGAAACAUAGGGAGAGGUCGUUCGUGCAGACUCACGCAGAGCCAGAAUUUACACCGAGGCGUGAACCGGUAACUAACACUUUAUCGGGGAGGCGAGCACCGAAGAGACCGUGCGCGGUUUGCAAAGCAGAAGGGCAUCGGGUGUCGGAAUGCGGAAAUUUUAAAACCAUGAACAUCGACGGGCGGUUGAAGGCAGUGCGAGAGUUUGGUCUGUGCAGAUCGUGUUUGAAUUGCCAUGGAAAAUGGCCGUGCAAGACAGCGAAAGAGUGUGGAAUCAAUGAUUGUCGGCUGAAACAUAAUCCUCUUCUACAUUCUUCAAGUGCAACCGUACAAGCAGCUGUAUCAACAAGUCAUCUUAGUCAGUUAAAGACGGUAGGCGGACCGCUUUUUAGAAUCAUUCCUGUCACGUUAUACGGAAAGAAUACUAAAGUGGACAUCUAUGCUUUCGUUGAUGAAGGAUCGCAGAUAACCUUGUUAGAGGAUUCGGUUGCAGAUCAGCUCGGUUUGGCGGGUACUUUGGAGCCACUAAACUUACAAUGGACCGGUAAUAUCAAACGCAGUGAACCAAAAUCUAGACGGAUCAGUACCGAGAUUUCAGGUACCGGAUGCACGAAGCAGUACAGACUGGGAAAUGCACGUACGGUUGGUGGACUGCUGCUUCCAUCACAAAGUAUGGACUACGACGAAAUGACAAGAAGAUAUCCGCAUUUGCGUGGUUUGCCUAUACCGAGUUAUACAAAAAUAUCACCAAAACUCUUGAUUGGUCUUGACAACUUGAAACUCACUGUACCACUGAAAAUCAGAGAAGGAAGGUGGGAAGAGCCGAUAGCCACGAAAAGUCGCAUCGGAUGGAGCAUCUACGGGUGCUCGACAGAGUCGCAAUCAAAGUAUGUCUGUGGGUUUCAUGUUGGAGGAUGGACCGAUCCAGAGCAAGAGCUCAACCAGCUAGUCCGGGAUUACAUCACACUGGACGACACUGGCAUAACAUACCCUUCUACUCCACUAGAAUCCGAAGAAGAGAAACGAGCGAGGAUAAUUAUGGAGUCCACCACGCGAAGAGUCGACGGAAGAUUCGAAACGGGUAUGCUAUGGAAGAGAGACAAGUUAAAGUUCCCGGAGAGCUUCGGAAUGGCAUAUAAACGAAUGUGUUCACUGGAGAAACGUCUUAGUAAAGAUCCUGUUCUGUAUGAUCGAGUUCGGCAGCAGAUAAUAGACUACGAGGCCAAAGGAUAUGCUCACAAAGCGACGGAAAGUGAACUGUCGACUACGGACAAGCAUCAGUGUUGGUACUUGCCAUUGGGGAUUGUCUUGAACCCAAAGAAGCCGAACAAAUUGAGCUGA